AAGCAAAUAUGAAUUUAUGGCAAAUACUUUUGGUUAUUUUUUUGCUGAGUUUUUGGAGCAUGGUCACUGCCAGCAAAGUCCUUGAAUCAACAAACUCAGGCGACAACAAUACGACAAAAGAAAUUCUUUAUCCAAAGAGCAGUGUUGAUUUAAUAGUGAACUUUUUCAAAACUUACAAACACAUUAAACGGCUUACACUUUUUCUAUGCGAUGAUAGUUCAACGCAUUUAUCUAUUUCAAUACCAUCCGAUUAUUAUAAUCCAAUACUGACCGGUGCAAAAGUUCAACAAGAACAACAACAAAAAAACAACGAACAUCCAAAAUUGAAACAAAAGUAUGCCAAUGGUGGUUUAAAUUAUCAACAAAUUGUAAAAUACUUGAUGGAUGCUGGAAACUUUUUAAUAAAAGGUGAUGGAAAUAUCGAUGCGACUAUGUUCAACAUCACCUCCAGCAAUGAGUGUAACAUCGACGUUGAAUACGAAAAGUUAAAUUCAUUUGACGCAUAUCGUUUGUCGGGAAUGCUUGAACGCGGUGACUCGAAGCAAGGUGUUGUGCUUGAUUCACGCUGCCACCAUAGCCAAUUCAUUCUUCAACAGGCAUCCGAAUGUGGUUUGUUUAAUACAUCGUAUCACUGGAUGAUAUUGGAGCAACCUUUAGCGCCAAUGUCUCUAUUGCCGCCGUCGCCACCAUCAUCAUCAUCCUUUUCGUCGUCGUCGACGCCGUUACAGCCUUCGUCAUCAGCGAAAUUGUUCUCCUUCGGAGUUGAGUUUUUCGAACGUUUAAAUAUUAAUAUGAACUCUGAAAUAACAUUGGUUAAGCCACAACAGUCAAACAGUGAAACAAAUUCAACGGCAGAAUGGAACAUUUAUGAUUUAUACGACGUGUGGAAUCCAGGAAAUAUUUACGGCGGAAAACUGAAUGUCAGCCACAUGGGCACAUAUUCAGCUGAUGAACAGUUUUUAAAUAUUUCUUUUAAAGAGACGACCAUCAUACGGCGCUUGAAUGUGCAUGGCAUUAAAAUACGCGCCAUGGCUGUGGUAACGAAUCCUUUCAAUGAAACAUUUGAAGAAUACUUGGAUCACACACACAAUCCGCAUCUAGAUUCGAUGAAUCGAUUUAACUAUCGCUUACUCACGUAUGUCCGAGACAUGUUCAAUUUUAGAAUCAAGGUAUAUAGAACCAAUUCAUGGGGCUAUUUAAAAAAUGGAACAUUUGAUGGCAUGAUCGGUGCAUUGGUUCGAGGUUCUGUUGAUGUCGGAGCAUCGCCAAUAUUUUUCCGAUCUGAACGUGCUAAGGUUAUCGAUUACACGGCACGUACGUGGAUAUCACGGCCAUGCUUCGUGUUCCGACAUCCAACAGGUUUGGUUCGUAAUGUUUUCUUGCAGCCAUUCACCGUUAAUGUAUGGUACUGCAUCAUAAUCGUUGGUAUUGUUGUAAUUGGCGCAACGUCGUUCAUCUCGAAACGAGAAAAGAGAAUCUCAGGAGCAACGAUGAAAGUAGAAUCGAAAAUGACGACGACGAUGAAUCGAUCAAGGAAAUUGAAACGAAACGAUGGUGCAAUGCAAAGUCAACAACAGAUACGCAGACGACAUCAAACAAGUGACAGCAUGUUAAAUACAGUCCAGUUAAAACAGCAUGAAGCAUCAAUGACCGAACCGGAAACACAGCUACGUUGCGAUCAACAAAUACCGACACAUAUAAUUUCAGGAGAAAAUGUUGAUGAAGAAAAAAAUGAAAAUGUCGUUAUUGGGAUUUGCGCAAAAGUUUUUCGUAAAUGCUUUUUUUCAACACGAUGCUCGCCGGUGUCGGUGAACCAGAAGAGCGUGCAUCUAGCAGAGUUGACAAAGGUGCAGCAGACGAUGAAUGGAAAGCGUUCGCAUAAAAAAAUCAAUCACGAAAAUUUCCGUUUAAACGUUUAUGAAUACUAUUUGGGAGCAAAGAACGAUGAAAAUGGAUUUACAAGUGGUGAUGCAGUUGCAGAUGCUGCUGUUGAUCGAGGUCACAACAUUACAGUACGAUAUAAACACGGCAAUGUCAAUAGCAAACCAACAAAAACAUUCGAUAACAUCGAUGUCGAAUAUGACGAAAGCGCACUUUCACGUUGCACAUUGCUGUUCAUUGGUGCGCUGUGUCAACAAGGCUCUGCAGAGAUGCCACAAUUCACAUCGCGACGAUGCAUCAUUAUGCUGAUUCUGUUGUUCGGUUUCUGUACGUUUCAAUUUUAUUCGGCUAGCAUUGUUGGGUCGUUGCUAAUGGAAAAGCCAAAAACCAUUAAAACAUUACGGAAUCUGAUUGACAGCCCAUUGAAGUUGGGAAUUGAAGAUAUAGUUUACAACAAGGACUUUUUCAAACGUACAACGGAUGCAGUAGCAUUGGAAUUAUACGAAAAAAAAGUGAAAGUUGUCAACCCAAAAACUGGCGACAUUUCCUACAAUUUUAUGCCACCAAGGGAUGGUUUAUUUUAUGUGAGACAGGGAGGAUUUGCCUUCCAUGCUGAUACAGCAACAUUUUACAAAAUCAUUAUAGACGAAUUUUCGGAACGCUCGAUAUGUGAAUUGUCUGAAAUUCAACUAUUCCCGGAACAGCAUAUGAUGGCCAUUGUUCAGAAAGGAUCGCCGCUGAGAAAAAUGAUAACAUAUGGAUUGAGACGUACGUUCGAGCAUGGACUAUUGUACCACGAGCGAAAACGAUGGCAUUCGCCGAAGCCACAAUGCGUUCGACAAAUACAACCGGAAGACCUAGAGGUUUCCAUCGGUACACUUGAAUCGGCACAUUAUAUAUUGAUGCUGGGCAUUUUGUUGAGUGUUUUUCUACUUCUGAUUGAAAAUGCAAUAAUCUAUUACAAUAAGUACAAACAACUACAUACGAUUACAUAUUUAAAGUAAAGCUUUGUUACUUACCACACUUACACUUACCGCAUCGUUGAAACAGUCGAUGGAAAUUGAGAACCAAAACGAUAAAACUUCGUCAAAACAACGA